AUGAGAUCGGGUUUGAGCGGAUGGCUCAAGACGGGCUCUUUCGCGCUCAGAAGCUUCUGCCUUGUUCAUGUUAUUCAUAAUCAUUUCUAUGAAUUCACUGGUACACGAGGCGAGUCAAUGCUCCCGACCUUGGCAGCAACUAAUGACUAUGUUCAUGCCCUGAAACUCUACCGGGAUGGUAGAGGCCUCACAAUCGGUGACUGCAUUGUUGCAGCGAAGCCAACAGAUCCAUAUCAGAGGGUGUGCAAGCGAAUCACAGGCAUGCCAGGAGACAUAAUUCUUGUAGAUCCCAGCGCGUGUGUGAGCAAUAGUCCGAGCUCUAUGGACAAUAGAGCCGGUCAAAACGGCGAGGAGAGCCUGGAAGCAGAGCCAUUCAACUCUUUCAUAAAAGUACCGCCUGGUCACGUUUGGGUCACUGGUGAUAAUCUGGCACAGUCGCUGGAUUCUAGGACGUACAACUCGCUGCCUAUGGGACUAAUCAAGGGGAAGAUUGUGGCGGCGAACAAUUUCAACCAGCCGCUUUGGAAAAAUGGCAGAUUCCUGGGCUUUAGAAAGAUAGAAAACAGCUACGUUGACGAGGUAGCGAGAUGA